UUUGCCUCGGCCCCGGUGUCUGUUAGCAGGCACCAUGAAGCUGCUCCUGCUCCUCGUCUUGGUGGCCGUGGCCCAGUGCCGUGUCUUCAGGGCCCCUCUGCGGAGGGGGAAGUCCCUGCGGCAGUCCCUGCAGGAGCACGGCUUGCUGGAGCACUACCUGAAGCAGCACCCCUACAACCCGGCCACCAAGUAUUUCGCCACCCGCGCCUCCACCGAGCCCCUGCAGAACUACCUGGAUAAUGAGUACUUCGGCACCAUCUCCAUCGGUUCCCCAGCCCAGGAAUUCACAGUUGUCUUUGACACCGGCUCCUCCAACCUGUGGGUUCCCUCCGUGUACUGCUCCAGCCCGGCUUGCACGAACCACAACCGCUUCAACCCAGCGGAGUCCUCCACCUUCAUCAGCACCAACGAUAGCCUCGAAAUCGCCUACGGCACCGGCAGCAUGACCGGCAUCCUGGGCUACGACACCGUCACCGUUGCGGACAUCGAGGUCCUCAACCAGAUCUUUGGGCUGGCUGAGACUGAGCCUGGUGAUUUCUUCUACUACGUCCCCUUCGAUGGCAUCUUGGGGCUGGCUUUCCCAAGCAUCGCCUCCUCCGGAGCCACCCCUGUCUUCGACAACAUGAUGAAGGAAGGACUCGUGGCCCAGGACCUCUUCUCUGUCUACUUGAGCAAGAAUGGGCAGAGUGGCAGCUUUGUCCUCUUUGGCGCCAUUGACCCCUUCUACACCACCAAUGGCAUCACCUGGAUCCCCCUCUCCGCCGAAACCUACUGGCAGAUCACCAUGGACAGCGUCUCCAUCGGUGAGGAGGCCGUCGCCUGCUCCCUCGGCUGCCAGGCCAUCGUGGACACGGGCACCUCACUGUUGGCCAUGCCCAACAGAGCCCUCGGCCCCAUCCUCUCCACCCUUGGUGCCAGCUCCAACGGCGAGAUCAGCUGUGAGGCUGUCAGCAGCCUGCCUGACAUUGUCUUCUACAUCAACGGCCAAGCCUUCCCCGUGCCACCCAGUGCCUACGUGGUGGAGAGCAACGGGUACUGCAUCCUCGGCUUCCAAGGCAUGAACAUCCCCACCGAGUCAGGCGAGCUCUGGAUCCUGGGGGACGUCUUCAUCCGCGAGUACUACGUGAUCUUCAACAGGGCCAACAACAUGGUGGGGCUGUCCCCACUGCCCUGA